ACAUAACCGUGAUAUGUCUCUUUCCUGCCUAGGGGAUGAUACCACGUCUAUCAUAAACUCUCUCUCGCCAUUAGUUGUCCAUGUGAUGCUGUGACAUCCACGACCCACUCAUUAAAUAGCAACCCAAACUUGGUGAAUUCACGGUGCUCAAAACUCAAGCCUCAAAUACACACACUUCGAAUACUAGUUUAUCAUCAUCUUUCUCCUAAAAACUUAGCUAGCUAUGCCGAGUUCAACACCAUCCUCCGGCGCACAUAUCUUGAUCUUUCCUUACCCUGCACAAGGCCACAUGAUACCACUUUUAGAUUUUUCUCAUCAGCUGUCUCUGCGUAGUUUAAAAAUCACCAUACUCGUCACACCCAAGAACCUACCAAUUCUGAACCCAUUACUCUCCAAAAACCCUUCCAUCAAAACAUUAGUCUUACCCUUUCCGAAUCAUCCUCGUUUACCUCAAGGUGUAGAAAACGUCAAGGAUUUAUCACCCAAUCACUUCUAUACCAUGUUGAAUGCUAUGAGUGGACUAUACAAUCCUAUUCUUGAAUGGUUCAAAUCUCACCCUUCACCACCUGUUGCGAUUAUCUCUGAUUUCUUUCUGGGAUGGACCCAUGAACUCGCAUGCGAGCUUGGUAUCCCUCGUAUAGAUUUCUCUCCUUCUGGUGCUAUGGCUAUUGCAGUCAUGGAUAAGCUCUUUCAAAACGUGCCCAAGCUGAAUGGUGAUCCUUAUCAUCAAAUUGAAUCAUUUCCUGAUAUUCCUAGUUCCCCGUUUUACCCCUGGUGGCAACUCCCUUCUCUCUACAGAAGUCUUAAACAUGGAGAACCGGAAUCGGAUUUCAUCAGAAAGAGUAUGCUUGCGAAUUUUGAUAGCUGGGGAAUUGUGAUCAACUCGUUCAAUGAGUUGGAAUCGGUGUAUUUGGAUUACUUGAGGAAGAAACCGAACGGGUUGGGAUAUUAUAACCGAGUUUGGGCUGUGGGUCCCAUUCUUCCAUCGGAUGAUGAUGUAACUGGACCCGCUAAGGAGAGAGGCGGCUCAGGCUCAGCAUCGACUGAUGGUAUUCUCUCGUGGCUUGACACGUGUCCGGAUAGUUCGGUGGUCUACGUUUGUUUUGGUAGUCAAGUUGUUCUCUCCAACAAGCAGAUGGAAGGAUUAGCAAGGGGGCUAGAAUCCAGUGCGGUUCGGUUUUUAUGGUGUGUUAAAGAGCCCACUACAGGGCAUGUGGACGGUGAGUACAGUGUUGUUCCGGCAGGAUUUGAAGAUCGUACCGCUGGUAAGGGAAUGUUGAUUAGAGGGUGGGCCCCACAGUUGCCGAUACUGAAACACAGAUCGGUUGGAUCAUUUAUGACUCAUUGUGGAUGGAACUCGGUAAUAGAAGGACUCACUUCUCGUGUUGUCAUGUUAACAUGGCCAAUGAGAGCUGAACAGUUUGUGAACGCAACGCUUUUGGUUGAUCAACUUAAGGUUGCUAUUAGAGUUUGUGAAGGGGUGGAUACGGUUCCGGAUCCGGAUGAGUUGAGUCGGAUUUUGUCUGAUUCAGUGAGCGAGAAUGGGUUGGAAGUGAGGGUUCGAGCAGUGGAGCUGUGUAAAGCUUCACUUGCUGCAGUUAAAGAGGGUGGAAGUUCGUUUAUGGACCUGGAUGCCUUUGUCAAAGACUUAGCUGCUCUUGAGCCCUGCUCUAAAUGAAAACAUGUACCCUUUUUUUUCCUUUUCUUUUGUGUACUGGCAAUUUCAAUUUUAUUGUUUAUUAGGGGAGGUCCAGUGGGAGCACAUAAGUUUGCUCAUUUGCCUAUCCGUGGAUGGCGAAUCAGUUUUCUCAGUGACAAAUGGGCAAAAUAAUUAGGAAAACCCAAUUUUUGUAUAAAUAAAACUUUUUAACCAGUGGGCCCAUUUUGUAAAUAAAUAUUUAUUUAAAUCAA